UGCCACAACUCGUCCCUGCCACGUACCGAGGAUCAUCUGCUGCUCAACUUCCUCUGUGCUGCUGCGGUCUGUCUCCUCCUGGACACGGACUCCGGGGACAUGGUGCUGCAGGUCAUGCUCAGCUGGCUCUGCUCCUCUCUGCUCCUGCCGGCUGUCAGCGGGGGGAAGCUGCCUGAGGCCGAGAUGCAGAUGGAGGUGAUGUUCAGACCCUUCCUCUGUCACCGGAAGUCCAAGUACGGGGACGUCCUGCUCGUGCAUCACGACGGAAUCUUCGAGAACGGAACCGUGUUUCACUCCAGUCGGAACGAAGGCGACAAGCAGCCGGUGUGGUUCACGCUGGGCAUCAGAGAGGUGAUAAAAGGCUGGGACAAAGGCCUGCAGGACAUGUGCGCUGGAGAGAAGAGGAAGCUGGUCAUACCUCCAGGCCUGGCCUAUGGGAAGGAAGGGAAAGGUAAGAUCCCACCUGAAAGCACACUGACCUUUAUCAUUGAGGUCGUUGAAAUCAGAAAUGGUCCGAGAUCGCACGAGUCCUUCCAGGAGAUGGACCUCAACGAUGACUGGAGACUCUCCAAACAUGAGGUGAAAAUAUACCUGAGGAAGGAGUUUGAGCGUCAUGGCUACCCUCCCAACGACACUCUGCAUGAGAACAUGAUGGAGGACAUCUUCGCAAAAGAGGACAAGAACAAAGACGGCUUUAUAUCCUCCAGAGAGUUCACUUACAAACACGAUGAACUGUAAAAGUCCCUCCCGCUCCCACGACACGCUCAGUCAUGGUUCAUGGUGGCUGCACUUCGGUUGCAGAGGUUAUUCUCUCAGGUCACCUGAAGUGGUUUUAUAGAAGUGCUGUUUUUGUAUGGUGUGGGACACAUAAACCUAUCCUGUUUAAAGCAGCGUGUUGUGGGUUUUAGUCAGUGACUGUGUUUAUGUGCUACUUUUAGUUAUAUUUCAACUGCAAAUCUUAGCCUAUUUGUUUGUCAACCCAUUUUGCUCCCUUUAAGACCACUAAAGUUCCACUUUUCUUUUUUAAACCCUUAAAAGCUUUGGUAAAUUUUUAUCUCAAUCCGCGUAUUUAGAUCUUUAUCUGUUUCAGUGCCACAGAAUGUCUGAGGGAACAGAAAAGGUGUGAAUCCAUGGGGGCAGGUAAUGUAAGAUGAUAUCUGCAAUGAAAUUAGUCUGUCAAAAUAUCCGUGAGAAAGGUACAUCGCCCAUGCACACGCUGCUAAAAGGACAUAUUGUUCAGAAUAGUUUUUUAUUCGAUUUUUUUUAAAUAAAAACAAUUAGAAAUGGAUGUUAAAGUGAUCAUUUUUGUAUUUACUUUGAUACAAGAAUAAUUAUCUAUAUCCUUUAGAGAAGAAUCGUUUGAAUGGACAAGGAGACACAACUGUUCCUGCUUUUUCUUUACACUGUUCUGGAGGCAGUUUUUUUUUAUAUUACAAACAGGACACAUAGAACCACAGUGCUGCCCUGUUUCAUUGAGGUUGACUUUUUUAAUGUGAACACAUCAGAAAUAACCUCAAUAAGCAAAUAGCUGCUCUGAUUUGGAAAAUGUUUUUAUAUUAGUUUCUAACUUGAAAUAAAUGUGAUU